CGUGCGCUAAGCGUGGCAACGCCAACAGCUCGGAUAGAAACUGAAUAAUUGUCAAGCAAUUAAAAAUGUUAAGCAAUCGCAUUUUCUUGUUGUUCAGUGUUUUUUCAGUGUGGGCUUUAUUUUCUAUAAGGCACAUUGGUGCUGAUAAAGAAGUUGUAAAUAAGCCCGUCACGGAAGACUGCUUGGAAUGUUUAUGCGAGGCGAUGAGCGGAUGCAAUGCAACAAAGAUCUGUGUGAAUGGAGCCUGUGGUAUCUUUCGCAUCACCUGGACCUACUGGAGGGCUGGAGGCUCAUUAGCAGUGCCCAGCAUGGAUGCGGUGGAUGGCGAUGCCUUCACGGACUGCGUCAAUGAUCCACACUGUGCGGCAGACACCAUACAGAACUAUAUGUAUAAGAACGCUCAGGACUGCAAUGGAGACAAUGUGAUCAACUGUAAGGACUACGGAGCCAUACACAAGAUGGGCAAUCUGCAGUGCCAACGCGAUUUGCCAGCCAUAUUCGGCAGGAUCUUCUUCAAGUGCCUGGAAAGAAAAGAGCGCGAGACCCCAGAAGGCAAGAACAAGUCUAACUAAAUAACUUUUGUCUUUAUUUGGGUUUGUUUUUCGAAAACAAUUAGUAAUAUACAUUGCUUAUGUUUUGCCAUUUGAACAGUUUCCAAUAUAUGGGGCAUAGAAUCUAUAGAACUAUGGUCAUAGU